AUGUCGCAGAUUCACGGCCAUAAGAGUAAUUCAUACGAUAGCAUUAAGCUCGAUGGCACCAGCCGGCUUAGUAUCGGUGAUACCUUCAAUAAUACUGUGUUCCAACAACCCGUGGCGCCGUUGCCAGUCCCCAAGCAGCAUUUCAACGUUCUCCUUCCAAGGGCCCAGCAUUUUGUAGGGCGAGAUGGAGAAUUGGCACAACUUACCAAGGCUCUUGAGUCCGGAAAAAAGGCGGUCGUAGCAGGACUUGGGGGCGUAGGAAAAUCACAGAUUGCAUUAGAAUACUGCUAUCAGUACCGAAAGAAAUACCCGAUUAGUUACGUAUGGUGGAUUGAUGCAGUUAACACGGCCAGAAUCGUUCAGGCGUAUUCUGACAUUGCAGAAACUCUCCAUCUACCCGUCUCAAGCAAAGAAAAUCUGAUGAGAGAUGUCCGCAUUUGGUUCUCGCAACCUGAGAAUGGCCAGUGGCUAUUUGUUUUUGACAAUGUAAACGACCCGGAGGCGGUUCUCCAGCGUCCAAUCGACGGACAGACAGGAUCAAUGCUCGACUAUAUGCCACACAACCAUCUAGGGGGUCAGAUUAUAAUUACCUCCAUAACAAAGGAGGCGGCAUAUAUCGUCAAUGCGGAGCUUAUUGAGGUCGAUAUCCUCCCUAGUUCAGAAGCUCGCCUGCUGAUUAGGUCAUAUCUGCCACAGCCCCCUGACAAUUCAACAUCCGAGGAUCUUGAUAUGCUGGCAGAUACACUUAGCUGCAUUCCUCUUGCACUAACACAGGCUUCGAAGUAUCUUAGACAGAUGGGAAAAACUGUCAAGGAAUACCUCUCGAUGCUUAAAAACGGUGCUCAAAAGUCUUCGCUAUUAUCAAGGCAUCUAGGCUCGCAUCAUCAGUAUCAUGAGAAUCAGCAUACAAUCUUCACGGUCUUGAAUGUUUCAUAUACAACACUCAAACACAAACAUAAGUUGGGGUUCGAGAUGCUGAACAUUGCCUGUUGGCUUCAUCGCGUCAACAUCCCAGAAAGAAUCCUCCGCCAACAUUGUCAAGGCGACAAGGAGAUGAGCGAAGUUGAAUUUGACGAGGCAAUAUUGCCAUUAAUGCAAUAUUCUUUCUUGGAGAAGCAAAGCCGAGAUUCAGGUUCAGACGAGGCUGUGUACUGUAUGCACAGCUUAAUACAAGCUGUAGUGCAGAUUUUUCAGUCUGAAGAGGGCCUGGAAGACGCCUCAAAAUCAAACGCUCUGAUGCUUAUUGAACAGGAGACUAUUCCACUAAUGUACAAACACAACUGGCACGCCCUAGAGUCUUGGCUGCCACAUAUCCACUCUGUCAUUCAGUGCAGCAAUGGCUCUACACUUAUACAACAUCAAUCACGUUCGCCCCUCCAUCUUCUUCUUGGUACAUACAGUUUCAGCGUGCUAUCUCGUGAGGAUGAAGCUAUGGAAUACCUAGAAGCUAGUCUACCUGACUUGCAGCGACCAGUAGAUAUAUCUAACGGCGCCGUCUUUCUUGCAUCCUGCUAUGAGGAGAAAGUCAAUGGAAAACCUAAGGCUAUAGAACUACUCAGGUUGACCCUGGAACGCCCAGAUAUCUGCUCAGCUCCUAUGAGCUUAGCAAUUAGAUUAGAGGCCCGAUUCAGGUGCAAGAUUGCAGCCCUACUAUGCGAAUUAUCGCCUCCUCAACCCAAAGAAGCGCAAGACGAAGUUUCUAAAGCCGCGGAGCUACUAGGGAGAUUUGAAAUUGUGGGUCAUUCUUAUGAGCAACUCAUCCCGUACAUGAUCACGCGGUGCCGUGGUAAAAUUGCUCUUGUGCACGCUGCGACUAGCAACUCUAAAGAAGCCGACGAACUCCUUCGCGAAUCAGAAAUUGAGGUACUAGAGUACUGGAAGCGGCUCAAAGAUAUUAAGACACCAUCUAAUGUUGAUAACAAUCGAAAAGUUGGCCUAUUGUCCCUGCUUGGGCAGGUCUAUAUGGCACAGGCAGCACGUGGACAACCUCAAGUCAAAGAACAGAAAUUGAAAGACGCUGAGCUGUCGUUUAGGACAUGCUACAACUUUUGCAGGCAUGAUAGCGGUGAUCUCAGUACAUGGGCUCUAAGGGCUUUAUAUGAGCUGGCUGAAUGUUUGCGGGAGCAGAAACGAUACUACGACAUGGAGGUGUUACUGAAGGUUCUAACGUCUAACUCGGGCAUAGCGGAGCAGGGGAAGACGAGUGCAAAGUUCCUCAAGUCUGUAGAUCUUUUGAGUUGGGUGCUAAUGGAGCAGGGAAAGUGGCAAGAGGCAUUGGAUGUCUGUGAAAAUUUCUACCCGGCCAUGGAAAAGGUUUGUGGCGAAGGUCAUCGUAACACUGUUGAUGUUAGAAAGCGGCAGGUCGUACUAAGGGUGGCUAUUGAUCGGCAGCGGGAGAAGAUGAAUUGGGAUAAGCCGAAUUGGGAUACGAUGAACUGGAAUAAGAUGAAAUGGUUCUCCUCCUGGAUGUAAUGCGUUAUGGGAGUCGAAGCAGACUUCGCAAAACUUUCAGCUAUGUCUGCUUCGAUAUAACGAUAUAAUGAUAUAACGACGGAGUUUUGGAGUUAUAGUUAGUGAGCAACUAUUUUAUUCCUAAUUUUGAAAUUCUCAUAAUUCGA